UUUGUUUGGACAGCCGGGAUAUUAUCAAACCGAGCUAAUCAUCUCUCCAUCUUCUCUAAACACACUUUCAGCUGGUGGAUUCACAAUACAGCAUUUCUGUUCAAGCUUUAUAGCGACAGUUCAAUCUGCUCGACUUAAAAAAGAAUAAUAGUGGUAGUAUUUGAGGUGGUUAAAUGUGUUGAGCUUUAAAUCCUGAGGUAGGUUAAAGUGAAACUGGAUCUCUGAGCUGCUAACAGUUACUGACUGGAUCCUGAAUGGAUCUCUACUGCAUGUGUAAUAGUGUCUAGUGCUGGUAACUGGAUUUUACCUUUUAAAUACCUCAAGAUAAACAGUAACAUGAUGCCCACAAGAGACUCCAGUAGUCAGCAAAACACUGACAUUCUUUGUACUAUGACCAGUGACAUACGAAUGCAGACUGACCUUCACCACUGCUCAGACUGUGGGAAGAGUUUUACUCAUCGGAGUAUGCUCCAAAGACACCAGCGCAUUCACACAGGAGAGAAGCCAUAUAAUUGCUCACAUUGUGGGAAGAGUUUUUCACAGCUGAUCACUCUCCAACUACACCAGCGCAUUCACACGGGAGAGAAGCCAUAUGACUGCUCAAAGUGUGGGAAGCGUUUUGCUAGGCUGAGUAAUUUCCACCAACAUCAAAGAAUUCACACAGGAGAGAAACCAUUUAUCUGUGUACAGUGUGGGGCAAAAUUUACUCACAAGGGUAAUCUCAAAACACACCAACGCAUCCAUACAGGAGAGAAGCCUUAUCAUUGCUCACAUUGUGGAAAGAGUUUUGCUGACAUUAGUAAUUUUCUACAACACCAACGAACUCAUGCAGGAGAGAAGUUAUUUCACUGCUCACAAUGUGGAAAGAGUUUUAAUUUACAGCGUAAUCUCCAACAACACCAGUACAUUCACACGGGACAGAAGCCGUAUCACUGUUCACAGUGUGGGAAGAGUUUUAAUCAUAAGAGGACUCUCACGCGACACCAGAGUAUUCACACAGGAGAGAAGCCGUAUUACUGCUCACAGUGUGGAAAGAGUUUUAAUCGAGAAAGCAAUUUCCAGACACAUCAGCGCAUUCACACUGGAGAAAAACCUUAUAGCUGCUCACAGUGUGGGAAGAGUUUUAAUCAACGAAGUGCUCUUAAAGCACACCAGCGCAUUCACACGGGAGAGAAACCGUAUCACUGCUCACAGUGUGGGAAGAGAUUUAAUCAAAAGGAUACUCUAAGACAUCACCAGCGCAUUCACACAGGAGAGAAGCCGUAUCACUGUUCACAGUGUGGAAAGAGUUUUACUCACCCGAGUACUCUCCAAAGACACCAGCGCAUUCACACAAGAGAUCAUUCCCAUCAGUAUGACAGCAUGGGAAAAGUGAAUCAACUCCAGUGACACCAGCACAUUCACAAAGUGAAAAACUUUAUAGAUACAUUAUGAACAGAUAUUUACUCAUUUAAACUUUAAAGACACUCAGAUAUGCCAAAACAGAGUCAUCUAUGUUUUGUGUUAACAUGAAUUGUGUAAACUGUAGCUAUAUGUCUUGCUUUCCUGUUGUUGAAUUACAGAUCUUUACUCCAGAUAUGUUGAUCGGAAACUUCCCAAUAAACGCCUGUUAUUAGUAGA